AAGUCCCCGCCUCCUUCGAGGAGUUUCCCAAAACCCAAAGCGGCUGGUCUCGGCCGCGCAAACAUGGCGACUCCCAUGCAUCGGCUCAUAGCCCGGAGACAAGCUGAAGCAAAUAAGCAACAUGUAAGAUGUCAAAAAUGCUUGGAAUUUGGACAUUGGACUUAUGAAUGCACAGGAAAAAGAAAAUAUCUACAUAGGCCUUCGAGAACAGCAGAACUAAAGAAAGCUUUGAAAGAAAAAGAAAACAGAUUGCUGUUACAGCAAAGCAUUGGAGAAACUAAUGUAGAAAGAAAGACCAAGAAAAAAAGGUCUAAAAGUGUAACCAGUUCCAGUAGCAGUAGCAGUGACAGUUCAGCCAGUGAUUCUUCAUCAGACAGUGAAGAAACGUCUACCUCAUCCUCCUCAGAAGACAGUGACACAGAUGAAAGCUCCUCUAGUUCAUCAUCUUCAGCCUCCUCCACAAGCUAUUCCUCCUCCUCUGAUUCAGACUCAGAUUCCAGCUCUUCCAGUAGCAGCAGCACCAGCACAGAUAGCAGCUCUGAGGAUGAACCACCAAAGAAGAAGAAAAAGAAAUAGAAUUGCUCCAUCCGUAUUGGACUGAUGGACUGAAAACAUUAAUGUGAUUCUCAAAAGGGAAUUUAGAAUAGUUAAGGCCAAAUAGGUUAACUGGUCAAAAUUUCUAGAAUUCAAGAGUUUCUAAAUGUUUUUCAUUGUAAUAGCAUAAAGAGUAUUAAUAACAAUGGACUAUAUAUACUUUUAUUUUAAGGGUGAAUUUUGUUCUUUUUUAUCUUUAAAACAUAUCUUUAGAAUUCAAUCAAAGCUGGAAAUCUGUAAAUCUGUUUUUGUGAUGGAACUUUUCUCCCUGUGAAAUAAAUGCCAUACUUUGUUGUAAGCUAAUAGUAUGUAUCAGAUAUGUUUUCAGGAUAGUGCAUCAGAAUGUAUGGCAGUGAAUUUCUAAUGCUUUUGGCUGUAUGUUAUUAUGAAAGAUUAAAUAUGUUGUUUACUAUAAGCUUGAGAGUAUUCUUACUGUUAGUUAAUGUGCUCUAAUU